GAGUCGACAGUGUGCUGUGCCAGAGGGCGGUGGACAUUAUUUGUGUUAUUGUUUACUUCAGUUUAAACUACUCGCCAGUUCAGAGUGGUAGAGCAGAGCGAAAAGUCGUCUUGUGAAAUAUCUUGAUUAUUUAGAAGAGCAGUCAUGGAGGCCUCAUCAUCAUCUUUUCCUCGAGAAAUCACACCACCAGCAUAUGGAGUGAGGAUAUUUUCCUUGUCUGAACAGCAGUUUAUCCACGCCGGCCACCUCUUUGACACCAUGAUGGCAGACGAGGACAUCCGACGGACAGGUGCAUUUAUUGGCAGGCUCGAGGACUCUGCCGGGCCUUCAGAUCAGGAUACCCUGAACUGUGUGAAUAUUGUCAAAGACACACUGCGCACAGAUGCUAACAACCCAGAGACAGGGAGACCCUUCUUCGAUCCGAGCCUUCAACUCAGACGAAACGUUUGGCCAGAGAAGCAUGUGUACGAGAUGACUCCUGCUUCCAAUAAGGAGACGGACUCGGACCAGGUGAUGGAGUUGAGGAAGAUGUUCAAGAGAAAAAUUCUGAGACAUGACUUCCUCAGCAACAGCAAAGAAAAGAAGCAGACUGACCUGGAGAAGACGUACAAUGCCUCUGGUGUUAAUGGGGUGCUGACUGAAUUCUUCGAACAAGUGCUAAAGAGAAGGAAAAGAAUACUGUACGCAGUCAACAUGACGCUGGAAAAGGACUUGAGGACAACAAAGGAUCUGGCCAUGAGUGAAAUGAGAUCUCUCAUGGAGCAUCUCCCUGGUGGUCCUCGUGCGGGCAUAAAUUGUCCUGCAGUAUCCAUCGGCCAGGAGGGGGCCACCUUUAAUCCGCAUAUUGAGUACUGUGCGUUCCAGGGCGUUGAUCGCCUCAUUGCUGGCGCACCCAAACUCUGGUUCAUUAUCCCACCCAGGUUUUAUUCAGCCUACUUACAAUUAAUAAAGAAAACGGGUGUAGACGAAUUUGACAUGUUCUGUAAUUCCCUACUUCUCCACAACAAAAUGUUUUUGGAUCCGCGAACAGUGAUACAGUAUGGCAUUCCCGUCUUUACGGUGGUUCAGCAGCCUGGUGACAUUGUCUACCUAUUGCCUCAUACUAUUCACUGGGGCAUAAAUUUAGGUUUGAACAUCAACGAAAGUAUGAACAUUGCCUCAGCUUCCUGGGCUGUGUCAGGGAUGCUUGCUCCAGGGAGUUGCUCAUGUACCAAUGGUGGUGCUGAUGACUCUACGGUCUUCAACAUCACCCCCAUCCUCCGGGCAAUCGGAAAAGAUGAGGAGACGAUCUACAAUUACCAGAAGGGGAGAUUGCUUUUUUUAAUGAGUGACACCGACAGUCUUACUCCAUGGAAUGGCAGGCCGUACUCGACCACAAUCAAGAUGGAGCACUUAUUAGGGGACGCAUUUCUUGAUGAUGAGGUUGGUAAACCAGUGUUUCAAACGUGAAUCCAGACCAGGCAGGAGGGACAGCAGAGCGGUCAGGAGGCUAUGACGGUACGGUGUCAUAGACCUGUUUAGCAGUAGUGACGAGGAAGAGGAGGAGCAGGAGGAGCAUGAAUUAAGAAAGACAGGAAGAUGAAACGGGUAAGAAGAUAUUAUUGAAGUGCCCAGCGUGUGCGAAAACUUAUGCAGGAGGCAUACUCCACAGGUUGAAGACACACGUCCAAAAAAAACAUGGCCAAGACCCUAACAUUGCAGAGUAUCAGAGAAGCAUUGAUGAAGAUCACUCACCUCCAAACAAAUCUCCAAGAAUAGAAUGUACCAGAUGUGGCAAGAGUGUAGCAGGGGGAGCGACUCACAUGAGACGGCACCAGUUUUUAUAAUUGUUCUGUACUUGACAAUAUUGUCAUGUAGGCUUGACUGAUGUAGAUAAUGACAUGUGUCAAUUGUUAAAUACGAAAAACAUCCUGUUAUGUGAUAUUGCUUUAUUAGGCAUUUUAGCCUUUGACACUAAGACGAAUAAAUGAUGAAAUGGUUUACGAUUAA